AUCGUAUUUGUAUACUUACAUUCCUUUUUUUAUUUGACAUCUGAUAACUGUAUCAUAAGCAUAUCUCCCCCUGAAUUUUAUUCUCUGAUACAGACACGCACUUUAGUAAUCUCCUUUAUAUAUUUAACAUAUAAAAAAAACUCCUCUCAAAAAGAAUAACGGCUCACGAUAACAUCAUCCUUUCUUCUUUUUUUUUUAUAUCUCACUCCUAUUUUUUUUUUAUAUCAAUAUUCUUUUUCUAUAAAAGAAAAAGCCUUUAUGAUUCAUGACACCAACAGUCAACAACAACAAUAAUAACACAACGGCUGUCCAAGUUGCAUUACGAAUACGACCCUUAACACAACAAGACAGAGCGCAACCACGUUUUUCUAACUCUACUGAUUCCGAUGUGUUAAAAGCAUAUGAAAAUUCAGUAGUCAUUGUUCCUCACCAGAAAUCUUUCCAGUUUGAUCAUGUUUUUGAUGCUUCAAGUACUCAGGAACAAGUAUUUAAUACAGUUGCAUCCAAUUUUGUAGAUAGAUUUAUUGAUGGUUACAACGUUACCAUUUUGGCCUAUGGCCAAACAUCAUCCGGUAAAACUUAUACCAUGGGCACAGCCAUUGAUAACCAGUCACCUGCGAAUCCAGAACAAGAAGGCAUCAUUCCCCGCGCUAUGUCAGCCUUGUUCCAGAGAUUGCAUGAUAUCCAAAAAGACAUACCAUCCAAUACCAUCACCACAAAACGCUCUUUCCCAUCCACUACUAUAUCUACUCUUCAGCAUCAUUCAGGUUUAAGAGCACCAAAAAGAUCAUUUUCGACCAAUGUAAAAUUAAGGCCAGUAUCCAUGAUGACGCCUCCUUCUCGACGUGGCUCGAAUGCAAGUUUACCCUCUAACGAUAAAUCAACUCGAUACACAGUUCUUGUCUCAUUUAUUGAAAUAUACAAUGAAGAACUCAUUGAUCUUCUUAAUCCAUCUGCGCCACAUGAGCGUUCACCCGUUACCAUAAGAGAGGACACUAAAGGACACAUCAUUUGGACAGGCUUGAGAGAAGUCCCUGUUUCAAAUACAGAAGACGUGCUAAAAUAUUUACAAAUGGGCACUGAAAAUCGAGCAACUGGCUCGACAGACAUGAAUGCCAAAUCAUCAAGAUCCCACGCUAUUUUUUCAGUUACACUAAAGCAAGAAAAAUGGGUCCCCAAUAUCAAAAAGGAGUCCUCAUUAUCUACCGUACGAUCUACUCCAGGACUUACUCAUCGACACAGCACUUUGAAUGUUAAGGCGCUCGUAGGUCAAAUGGAGAAACAGUCCAAGCAAGAGGAGCCCGAGGAACAGGGUGAAUGGAUGGUAGUUAAUUCCAAGUUCCACUUUGUUGACCUCGCUGGCUCUGAGCGACUCAAACGAACAGCUGCUGAAGGAGAUCGUCGUAAGGAAGGCAUCAAUAUCAAUGCUGGCCUGCUGGCGCUUGGUAAUGUCAUCUCCGCUUUAUCUGAUCCUUCCAAAAAGCCAACCUAUAUUCCAUACCGUGACUCAAAGCUUACUCGUCUCUUGCAAGACUCCCUUGGUGGAAACUCGACAACAUUAAUGAUUGCAUGUGUCAGUCCAGCCGAGAUCAACUUGACCGAGACAAUUAAUACAAUCAAGUACGCUUAUCGUGCCCGUAGCAUCAAGAAUAAGGUUGAACGUAACGAGACAGAAGAGUGGAUGACCAAUGAUAAUGUAGACCAUCUUCGACAUAUUAUCUCUAAACUAAAAGCUGAAAUCAAAUCUCUUAAAGCACAUAACAGAAGCACACCUUCACCCUUUUCUUCCUCAACCUCAGGAUCUCCCACACGCAUCACCAGCUUCACAAGUCACGCUCCUCGUGCCCUGGUCUCACCAUCAUCAUCUAUUACCGACACAGAUCAUCGCCCGUCGACUUGUCCAUCAUCGUCGGCAACGACUCAUAUAACCAUUCCUGAGACAACGACAUCCUGCGACUAUUUUGAUAGUGCUCAUCAUGGAGACGCGGCUCUCAUCGUUGCAGACCUUCGCCGUCAGAUAGAAGAACUUCAGAACGAGGUCACCGUGACUAGAGAACGAAAUUUGCUAGUUGAACAAGAGCUCAAGAAACAACAGCAAAAGCCUAAAGAUCCAGAUCCUGCAGAGUUUGAACACCUAGUAGAACCAGUGAUUCAGGAGUAUGAAACAUCCAUUUCGAAACUAGAGUCACAGCUCGCCAUGACACGAGCUGCUUUGGCCCAUUCAGACCAAGCGCUUACCGAACAGCAGGCCAAGAUCGCAGAAUACGAGGCUCUCCAGGCAAAAGAGAUCCAAACAUUGAACGAGCUCAAAGCAAAAUUAGCAUCCGCACUCGAACGUGAACAGACAUCAGAGAACUACUGCUUGGAACUCGAGGCGCAAUUACAAAAAUCUAUCGGUAACGAACAGAGAGACCAGCAAAUAUUGGCCGAGUUGCGUGAGAAGAUUAUCAAGUUUAAGCAAAUGGACGAGCAUACAGAACAGUACAUUAAUGAACUUGAGGCCCGCUUAUCAGCUGCAGAAACCGAGGCACUGCAACUGAAGGGCAAGCUGAUGUCUCUUCAGUUAGACUCCGCUGCACCUCUGAAUGAACGUCAAGAUGCUGAAAAAGAAUGCAUUGCAAGAAAGUUAGCUGAAACAGAGUCAAGAUGCCGUGAGCUUGAACAAGAGCUGCAAUCUGUCAAGUCAAGUCUUGCUGAAGCAUCUAGUGCACAACAGUAUGUUGCUGAAAAAACAGGCUGUGGUGUUCAAUCAGAUCUUUGCAAGAACUCGCUCAGUGCCAACAACGUGUCCGAACUUAUGGCCUCUGUUGAUGAAAAGCAAGCCAAUAUUGGCCUUUUGGAAUCUCGUCUCAAAGUCAUUGAGCAGCUUAAGCAAGAGCUUUCAGAGUUACGUCAAGUUCAUGUACAGGAAAUUGAGAAACUCGAAGCUACUCUAUCUCGCUUAAAGGAACAGAAUUUGUUAUACCAAUCUCAGAUCGUAGAAGAACAGCAACGAAGCAAAGCUUUAGAACAAAAGAUCGAGGAACUUUCUAGUUCAGCAGAGACGCACUCUGUUGAGAUGCAGGAAUUACAAAAUGAAUAUCAAAGGCUUCAAGAACAGCUCCGUGAACAAGAGCAUAGCUCCCAGAUCACUCUUCGCCAGCGUCUAGAGGAGCUGGAAAAGGUCAAGCUUGAUAUUAAUGCGCUCCAGCUAGUUGAAGAAAAACAAGAUGCGAUCAUCCAAGGUUUAGAGACAAAGCUGGAGGAGAUGGACCAUCUGGUUGGUUCGCUUCGUGAGCAAUUGGAUAAAAGUAACUUGUCUCUUGAGCGUCUUGAAGCAGAGAAUGCCGAGAAGACUAGAAUUGCUGCCGAUAUGCAAAAGCAAUUAGAAAGCAUGCUCAAAGAUGUCUGUGGCAUGGGCAUGGAGAAGAAGCAACUGGAAAGAGUCAUGUACUUUAUGGAAGGCACCCUAAGGUUACAAGAAGCAAAAUCUGACAAGACCAUGGAAACACUAGAGGACAUCAAGCAACAGUACAGGAUACGUGAAGAAGAAAUCGAAGAGAAGAGACGUACACUUACCUUACUGUCAGCAGAAAAGGAAGUUCUAUCACAAACGCUUGAACAAGUGACACACCGCGCUUCACAAGGAGAUCAAAUGGUAAAGAAUCUAUUAAACGAACUGGAAGAAACCAAAAUCAAGUUGGAUAAGCAAAUCGAAAAAGUUCAAUUGCUUGAACAAGAAAAUUCACAAGCAAAUGUCGAAAUGCAGCAUUUACAGGCUCUUAAGGACCGUAUUGAGGAACUUGAGCAGCAGAUUGAAGCGCACAAGAAGGCUGAAUUUGAAAAGCAAGCCGAGCUGGAUCAGCUAGAAUUCACUCUUCAGAAUCAAUUAAUCCAGAAUGAGGUACUUGUGAAAAAGAUUGCUGAAUUAGAAAACUCCUUGAAGACCGAAAGAGCAUUUGCUUCUGCUCAAGAUACGACCGGCAUGAUAUCCGAGCUUGAAAGCAAAAUCACAAAGCUUGAGCAAACCAAAAAGAAAGAGGAUGACUUGUGGAAGGCACAGAUGGAAAAACUGAGAGAAGAAUUGUAUUUGGCACGCAAGGAAGGUCAAGAAAAGCAGCACACUGUAGAAGCCCUCGAAACAUCCCUCCGUGAAGCUCGUCAACAACUUUCUGAAUUUGUAGAAAGGUCAAAGCUCAAAGAAGAAGCGACAAAGGGCUCUAGUGGCCUUGAUAAGCUGAAGGUUCACCAUAAAGCAGCAACCUGUUCAACUGAAUCUAUACCCAGCAAUGCUACUCCUGAAGAGCUUAUUGAAAAGAUCAUACAAUUACAAGAGGAUAACUCCCAGCUGGUGAGAUUAAAUGAAAGCCUUGAGUCCCAACUUGUCUUGCAGCGUAGUCAACUUACACUUGAGACCAAGAACUUGGAGCUAGAGCUGAUGAAGUUGUCAGCAGCCAAUGAUCGUCUUGAAAAGGAAAUGGAGCAGGUGAUUCCUAGAAACAGUGCUGUGAUCGGAAGCGUAGCUUCGCACAACAGGGAAUCAGCCCAAUUUACUUCUCCUCCUCAAACUCCUCGCGUGGGAUCUCCUCCACCUUCUGGUAGCAAUAACAAUACAAUUCAACAAAAAUUGCAAAGAGACCUGUCUGGAUCGAGUAUUACCAAACUUUCUAAAUCUGGAUCUUUCCGCUCAGUAACUAAUGUGUUGACUGAUAACGUCGCUGAAGAAGAAGCAAGAAGAAUGUCGAGUCUUUCAGCAAGAUCUGACAUGGGCUCCCCACGUCUCUCGUCAUCACUAAGAGGCAGCCGAACAGUUAUCAACUCAAGUAGUCUUCCUCCUCUGACUGCUCCUCCAUCAAACCCCCUUCCUCCUAUUCCCACACCUUUACCACCUCUUCCUAUGUCAUCAUCUUCAUCUCCAGCAUUCGGAAGCAGCAUUACCAAUGAGCCAUUGUCACCGUCUAUACAUUCCUACAAUCUAGCAGCCAGUCCAACGUCACUUUAUAGACAAGAUUCAGUAAAUUCUACAAGCUUUAGUGAUAUCAUGAGCGCCACCAACACAGCCAACUUUACGCCUGAACAAUACGACAAGUUAAUUCGAUCUUUACAGCGUAAGGCCCGACUUGCUGAAGACGACGUCAAGGCACACCAAGACGUGAUUAGUAAGCUUGAAUCACAGUUGAGCCGUUCUGAAUUAUCCAUAAAAGAAGUAAAGAAACAACUUGAUCAACUAAAUCGCGAGAAACAAGCUUGUAACCUUGAAAUUCAAAACUUGCGUUCCCAAGUGACACAGUAUCAAACACAGCAAAAGACUCUUUCUGAAGAAUUACUUACAGAGCGUAAGCAACUAGAAGAAGAGCUGGAACAACAGAAGCAACUGAAGGAAAAGGCAGAAAAAGCUAGAAGAAUCCUUGAGAACCGAAUGGAUGAAUUGAUGAAUAGGAAGAGUAAAUUUAUAUGCUUCUAAUUUACCUCUUCACUCCUUUAUAUAAUUGUACAGUAAAAAAAAGCCUUAUUAUUUAAUCUAUAUUUCAUAAUAAAUAUUAUGUAUAAGCCUCCCUUGUUAAAAGAUAAACUU